UGACGAGGAGGGAAACGUGGAGGAGGAGAAAUGAACAAGGAGUGGAGGAGGAGGAGGAGGAGGAGGAAGAUGUGGAGAAGGAGAAAGAUGUGGAGGAGGAAGAUGUGGAGGAGGAGGAGGAGGAGGAGGACAAGGAGGUCAGGAGGAGAAGGGAUGGCGGAUGGGGAGGAGGAGGAGGAGGACAACGACGCGAUGAGGAGGAGAUACCAAUCAUACCAUGCCAGUUCGGGACUUCGAAGUUCCCGGGACCGUAAACCUUGACGAAGCCGUGAAAAAGAGGCUGAGAGGUGGAGGAGGAGAGAUGGAGAAUGGAGAAUGGAGGACGGGAGAUGGAGGAAGAUGUGGAGGAAGAAAGAUGACGGACAAAAGAUGGACGACGAGGGAUGAAAAAGAGACGGAGGAGGAGGAGGUAGGGAGGAGGAGAGAUGGACAACGACGAGGAGCAAAGGAGGAGGACGAUGAGACAAGGAGGAGAUACCAUGAAAGUUCGAACUUCGAACUUGAAAGAGGGAAAUGUGGAGGAGGAGAGAUGAACGAGGAGGACACGGCGAGUGGAGGAGGAGGAGUGGAGGAGGAGGAGGAGGAAGAUGUGGAGGAGGAGAAAGAUGUGGAGAAGGAGGAGGAGGAGGAGGAAGAUGUGGAGGAGGAGGAAGAUGUGGAAGAGGAGGAGGAGGAGGAGGAGGAGGUGAGUUCGAGGGAACGCAGGAGGGCUGGUGAACACUCACCUUGGAGGGCGGUUGCAGGCGAUGGUCGCUCCAGAGCUCGACUCCUCAGCAACAGUCGAACUUCCAAGCGCAAGGGGAGCUGAGCACUGCUCGUGGCGGGCGAGGCGAAUGAACGGCACUUCGUCAC